AUAUCACUGCAUCUGCAUUUUUACUAAUUGAAUUUAGCGUGCUUGAAAACGAAAGAUAAAAUGUAAGUUCUAUUUUUCUUCUUUACAAAAGUGUUGAUGAACGAGUUCGUUUUUGGCAGAUUCUAUAUCAGAACAUGAAAUGUAGACACAAGAUCACGAUGACUGAUUUUUUGAGGUGUGUUAAAUUUGUCCAUUCCUAUGGUUAGCACAUCAGUGACUUCAUCUUCUCCUUUCCUCUUCAACUCUUCGGCGACGUUUGGCUCUUCAUCUGCGUACGACUCUUCAACUUCCUCACCGGCCACAACGACGCAGCUCUUCAACGUGCUGAGUGCAAAUGCUGGUAAAGAGCUCACCACGGUCCAGCAUUACAAUGACAUUAUACGAACCAAAAACACCAAUAUGGACUCCCGUAACUUUAACCCUGAAAUGGCGGAGGCUCUUAUGGUCCUAUCCAAAGAUGGUCCCAAGAGUCGUUGGCACAGCUUCAGAGAAGGUCGAUCAAGCUACAACGAACCUUCGAAGAGCAAGAUAACCAACACAACAAAGGCGGACAGAGGCAAAUCCAAGGCAAAGUUUUCAAUCGAAGACGAUGAAGACCAAGAAAAAUCCCAGUACUUUCCGACCAAUGACAACACCGCCGUUGAAAAACCGCUCAACAUACGCGGUCCCGUUCUGCCAAGGGACCAAACAGUCAUUCAUGUCGAGAAGUUGGACGAUCGUGCGCGAUCUUCCUCGGGAGUUGCGAUGACCUCCUUCAUAAAUCGAGGCACGAGCCUCAAAGAAAGAAUUCUGGGCCCUCGGGAUCGCUCGGCCUCACGAAAGAAGGAACGCGGCUCGGAAGUGAAGCGCACAAGGAGCCUUAUGCCGCCAAGCUUGAAAAGAAAUCGGUUUUGGUCGACCAUCAACAAGUCCAUCGACCCGCCUGGGGGCCGCCGUCCGCUCCAGGACCGAGCAACGGUUCCGACGCUACACAUUUGGCUGAGCUCUGACCAGGCGCCCAGGGAGCUGAACGUCGAGCACGACGAGCCUGUCCUCAACAACACCAGAGAGCCUCUGCCGAGUGAGGGUCCUCGCCCCCUCAAGAUCGUUCAGUACGUAAGGGACAUCGCCCCCUCAAAAUCAGUCAGUGAGGAUCCUCGCCCCCGCAAGAUCGUUCAGAUCCAGCUGGAUCAGCCACGCGUGAUAUACCGCAGCGCCAGCGAAGGCAACAGAUGGCCAGCACCAGCUGACGGGACGACUAGCGUGACCAACCAGCACCGUAAGGCAGAACCUCAACCACCUGUUGCUGACGUGACAGGUGUUACUUUCUCUUCACUUCAGUACACCAACAGGUGUUACCUCCUCCACCUCAACCCUUCAUCACUUCAUCACAUCACAUCACAUCACUUCAUUACACCAGCAGAUGUCGUCUCCAGCACGUCAAGGCUUCACAAUUCUCUGGACAUGCUCGUGCAAUACGAGGCUUGGGCGCUUGCAUGUAAUCUCAUUUGUCCCAAUCUGUUUGGCAAGGCUUGCUAA